AUGGGCGACAGCUUCGAGGCGGUGUGUGCUGGAGAUUCCGAGGAAGAUGUGGCCGCGGUCAAGACGAUGGUCGAGAAGAUAACGUCCGAAAUAAUGGCCCACGGUGAGGAGGAGUACGACUCGUACGAUCCGGAGAGUUUGCAGAAGGUCGAAUUCCACAUACAGAUCAGCCGAGUCGGGACCAUCUUGGGCGAAAUGACCCAAACGCUUGAGGUGCUGUUCUGUCUGCCGAUCAUCUGCAACAAUGAGACCCUGUUGGACGGUUGCUUCGAGGAGGAUGAUAAGAAUGUGGUCAAAUUUUUGAGCCAAUACAUUGCGUCCAACUCCGGCGCGGGUAUGACGAAGAACGAUAUCGACGUGGAUCAGCUGAAGCUACCGGGAGGACAGUUGAUCGAACUGGCUACGCUUUUGUCGAAGAAGGAACUUCAUGCGGCCACCGCCGGCCACGUAAAGCAGCUUCCAGGGAUGUACAGGCGUUUCCUGUCCAACAUUCGGGAAUUCCGUAAAUUUACCAUCAACAAGAUGAAGCUGACGGCUCAGAAAGAUCUGGCCAAGGAGAAAAUACUGCACCGUUUGUGGACACGCAACGAGCGGAACAAGAAGGAGAUUCGCAAGAUCGAGGACAUACUGGUGAUGAAGAAGGAAAAGCUGGAGGAGUCGGUGCAGGAGAAGUAUGCCGUGAUCGAGCGGUACACCAAGGAACUGGAGGAGCUCGGCCAAAAUAGUCGUGAGGAAAUCAUCAAGUACAUGAAUGAUUCCGACCGGGAAAUGUUCCACUACUUCGAGCGGAGUGAUCAACGAUACGAUAAUCUGCUAGAGGAAGCGGCCAGUACGAUGAAAACGUACCAGCAGCAGCUUCAGGAGGAUUUGGCAGUGGAAAAAUCGAACCGCCUGAAGAAACUGAAACUAACCCAGCAGCUUCAGUCGUGGUUGCACAAGUACGACAAGGACGCCGGCGAAAGGACGCACGAGCUGAAGGAGCUGGUGGCCAAACUGAACACUCGCCAACAGGAGUACGACCGUUGGAAGCGCACCAUCUUUGAUCCACAGGAGAAAAAAUACUUUGAUGCGAUGGAAGAAAAGCGCCAGAUCGAGAUUCGCGAGCAAGAGGAACGGAUCGAGGCGUUUAUGAUGAAUCGUGCGGCAAAGGUGCUUCAGAGAUGCUGGCGUUCGGUUGCAGAGCGGAAGCGUAAGAUGCGUGGCAAGGGUCGUGGUCGUAAGGGAAAGGGAAAGCGCAAGUGA